AUGAAACAUUGGCUGAAUUUUGUCUUAAAUAUAUCAAUCCGAGUUGUUGAACGAGUAGCAAAUAUGUCCUAUAUUCUACAUGUCAAAGAAAAAGUUCUCAAGCCCUUGGGUGUUGAUAUCAGUAAAGUCGGAGUACGAUUAUCUGAUUUUGAAAAUACAGAAGAUUUCGUCAAACAUUAUGCAUAUGUAUUUAAUACAACUGAUCUUGAAAGAUGGCAACAAGUAAUGCCACAACUAAAUCUUACACCAAUUUCAGAUAAUCCACCCACUUGGCUACACAUUUCAAAUUAUGGAUUUGGUGCGUAUCCUGCCGGUCUUUUGCGUAUGUCUGCGAAUACAUUGUCAGUAUUUCUCCGUAUGUUUCUUAAUAAUGGAUCUUCUAUUCUUCGUCCUCGAUCAAUUGCUGAAAUACGGACAAUAGUUGGUGGCGGUAACAUACCUGACUAUGGUCUGAUUGGAAACAAUAAUUCUACACAAGAAUCACCUUCAUCACAAUUUGGACUUAGCUGA